AGAAGUAGAAGUAGAAGUAGAGGUAGAGAUAGAGGUAGAAGUAGAACCGAUUUCCGGUACGGAAGUAGCGCUACUCUCAAGGCAGCUCAUGUCAAAGUCGAAGUCAAAGUUGGAGUCAAAGUGAAGCAUUUUACUGCACUGACUACACUGGAGUCGAUGUGAAAGAAGGUUGUGCUAUAUCUAAAAUAGUAAAUAAAUAAUAAAUAAGCAAACAAAACAAACAAAAAAAAAACAAAAUAUAAGCAAAACAAAAAAAAAACAAAGUAAGAAAAGCCGCAACACAAACAUACAAAGUAUAGCCCAAAGGGUUUUUAAGUAGUUUAUAAAAAAUUUUGAUCGAACUGGCAAGUGGCAGCUAGUGAACAGAGCGACGUAGACACAAUGUCUGUGGACUUUAUACUGCCCAAUCGCAACAAGAUACAAACGAUUGCCUAUGCGAGCAAGAAAUAUGCGCCGGCCAACGACUUGCAAAGCUGGCGACGUCCCAAGUCCAAACCAAAGCCCAAGCCCAGAAGCAACAACCAACACCAACAGCAGCAGCAGCAGCAACAGCAGCAGCAGCUACGUAAACUAAGGCCGUCGGCCAGUAUCAAUUGGAAUGAGGAUAAGUUCUCGGUGCUGCGCAAUGCCAAUAAGAAUAAUAAUAACAAUGGCCAAGGCAAGAUGACCCUUAAGUCUGGCAACAAGGAUAAGGAGAAGGCUAAGGAUAGGGAGAGCAAGCGUAAGCCAGCACUCAAGCGUGAAAUAAUCGAGCUGGACGACGAUGAUGAUGACGAUGCCAUGGAGCAGCAGGAGGAGGUGGCACAAUCCGAUGAGCAGCAAUUGGAGUGGUCGGCAGCGCAGUCGCUGGUGCAAAUGAACUCCAAACAGGAGAAGCAGCGCCAUCUAGUGUCAUCAACGGGUACUAUAACAGCAACAGCGGAAGUGAUCUCCAAGCCGGAAAAACAACGCCAUCUAACAGCAGCAACAGGAGCUAUAACAGCAACAGGAGCUACAACUGAAAAUGGAGUUGGAGCUGGAGCAGCAGCUGGAGGAGCAAACACAACCAAAACAGUAUCCGCAGUAUCUAUGCGCCGUCCAGUGGCCUUUGGUCGCGCCCCAGCCGAGGAUGGCAAAGUGAUUUUCUAUGCGCCGCCAGCGAAUGCCAAUGGAGCACAGCGGCAGCCGCAGCCGAUUGCCAUUAAGAGGGAGCGGGAGAGGGAGAGAGAGAAGGAGAGAGAGCGGGAACGCGAACGGGAGAGGGAGCAACAAGUGGCUGCAGCUAUCUAUCGAGGACGCAGCUUGGAGGAGACGGAGGCGGCACAUGACUUGUUGUCGCUAUCUCAGAGUUUGCCUCCUUUGAUACCACCCUGUGUGGUCACCAUCAUGAAGCAGGAGACUGUGCCCAAGCAGGCAGACAAUUUAAAUGUCAUGCAGGAGAUAUCAAAUGCGCCGUCGCCUUACCAAAGCAGCAACAGUAGCAGCAGCAGCAGCAGCAGCAGCAGCAAUUGCAGCAACAGCAGCAACAUCGGCAGCAACUCCAAUGUUGGUGGCAGCAACAGCAGCAGCUCAAAUAUUCGUUUUAUUGGCAGCAGUUCGUACGAUUUGUUGAACAGCGCAACGGAAACAUCGAACAAUUGCUCGCCGCUAACGCCGCCCAAUUCUGAUCACAGCUCAGAUGUGGACAUUGAUAUGUCCUCCUCCUCCGAAUCCGGCCACUGGAACAAGCAACAGCAGCAACAGCAACAACAGCAGCAACCACAGCAACAGCCACAGCCACAGCAGCAACAGCGUGCCUCUGCCUUGAAGAUGUGUCUCAAUAUGCUCGAUGGACGCACCAAAGCCAGCAAAGCAGCCAGCAAGGACAAAAAGCAACCGCAGCGUCCAAAGAGCAACAUCAACAGCAGCAGCAACAACAACAGCAGCAACAGCAGUUCCGCUCCUGCAGGCAACAGCGAAUCGGCAGCUAGCGGUGAGAAUUAUGCGAAGCGCAAACGCGGCUGCUACAAAUGCUCCGAGUGUGGCAAGCAAUAUGCCACCUCUAGCAAUCUAUCGCGCCACAAGCAGACGCAUCGCUCCCUCGACUCACAGUCAGCCAAGAAGUGCAACACCUGUGGCAAGGCUUACGUCUCGAUGCCCGCUCUGGCCAUGCACUUGCUAACGCACAAACUAUCGCAUAGCUGCGAUAUAUGUGGCAAGCUGUUCUCGCGUCCCUGGCUGCUCCAAGGCCACCUCCGCUCCCACACAGGUGAGAAGCCGUACGUAUGCGUACAGUGCGGCAAGGCCUUUGCAGAUCGCUCCAAUUUGAGGGCGCACAUGCAGACGCAUUCCGGCGAUAAGAACUUCAAGUGCCUGCGUUGCAACAAAACCUUUGCGCUAAAAUCGUAUCUGAACAAGCAUCUGGAGUCGGCCUGCCUCAGAGAUAAUAGCGACAUAUCGCUCGACAAGAGUGUGGAAGACAUUGAUCUGGACGAGGAUGAGGAGGAGCUAAAGCAUAUCGAAGCCGAUGAGCUAGACAGCGAUGAGAACAGUCAAGAUAUUGUGGUAGCCUAAGCAAAACUAAUAUUCUAACAAACUUCAAGAUACUUUAUAACAAUGAAAGAUAAAAACAAACCCUAUAAGCAAUACUCGAGCACCCUUAUCGAAAUAUAUAUAUAUGUAUAUAUAUACACAUAUAUAUAUAUGAAUCAAACAGUCAACUAGCAGCUUAUAUGAGUAGUUUUUUGAGCAUGGAAUUUUUAGUAUGGAAUGUGUUUUGGUAAUGCCGAU